GGCAUUAAAGUGAAAUCAACCACUGAAAAUAAAUCGCUUCAGAAGGCUGAGGCACUGACAAAGGAGAUUGACAGAGAAGGAAUGCGCUAUUUGUGUUAUUUGUUGUAUCCAUUGUGCAUCGCAGGGGCCGCGUAUUCGUUGUUAUAUCAACCACACAAAAGUUGGUAUUCCUGGACAUUGAACUCAUUAGUGAAUGGAGUGUAUGCAUUCGGUUUCUUAUUUAUGUUACCGCAAUUAUUUGUGAAUUAUAAAUUGAAAUCAGUGGCCGCACUUCCAUGGCGUGCAUUCAUGUACAAAGCGUUUAAUACAUUUAUCGAUGACGUAUUUGCAUUUAUCAUAACAAUGCCCACAUCGCAUCGUAUUGCCUGUUUCCGCGACGACAUUGUGUUUUUAAUUUAUUUGUACCAACGAUGGUUAUAUCCGGUGGACAAGAAUCGAAUGGAUGAUGGUACUGGUGAAUUUACGGAAAGUGACGCUGUUGAGAAUCACGAUCAAGCCAAUUCUAAGAAAAAUAAAUAAAUAAAAAGAAAUUACAAAAUAUCGCACACUUUAAAUUUUAACUAUCGACUAUUGAAAAAUACAUUUUCAUCACUAAAUAA